AUGCUCUGCCGCCUGCCCUCACACGCAGCUACAGCCCUGCCCCGGCCGCUCUCCCGCCAGCCGAGCACACGCUCCCGCUCCCCGCGGGGGCACAGCGGGGCCGGAGACGCGCUGGUGCGCAAGAAGCACGUCCUCUCCCGCCUCCAGGAUGCCCUGGCCUGGCAGGCGCUGCCAGCCGUCCAGCUGCUGGCACCGGACGAGAGGGUCUGCGUUCAUUUGAUAGGAACUCUCUUUGGGAUGUUGCAUACUGUGGAAGACAGCAGUGCCCUGGACCUAUUCGUAGAAGUUCUGGUGCGGCUUGUAGUGGAGCUGAAGUCAGAACAGUACUUACGCUGCAUUUUGGAUGAAAGCCAAAAUGAGCUGUGCAAAGCAACUACCAUGAGAGGCAGCCUGCCCACAUUCACUCUCUUGGGCAAGCUGGCAGAUGCCAUCCCAGGCUUUGCUGAUAUACUGGUGAUAGAGCACAGUAGUUUAGUGGAUCAUCUGCUGAUGGGCUUGACGUACCCAAAUGAAGGUAUAAAGGCUGCUGUCUGCUACUUGUAUGGCAAGCUGUACUCCUCUCCUGUUGGCACAGAACGGCUCUCAGCACACUUCGAAGAAAGGCUGUGUGGUCUCUUCUUGAAUACCUUGGGGCGUGCGCAGACAAAGGAGCUGCAGGUUAAUUGUUUGGGUUUGCUGAAGGAGCUGCUGAAAUCUGACCAUUUUGUAUCCAUUCUUAUGAAUAAUUCAAAGACAGCAGAGGAGUCUGAGAAUCCUGACUUUUUAGAAGGGGAAAAUCCACUGCCACUUGUCCUCAAAAGGCUUUUGUUGACCAGAGAUGAGAUGUUACAGGCAGCAAGUUCUCACUGCGUGGCUGCAGUGCUGGUUCACUCUCCCAGCAGAUAUGCUCCUGCUUUUAUCCAUGCGGAUGUCCCAGAAUUCCUGUUUGAGUGUCUCCUGUGCAACAGUGAAAUUCUCAUCUGGUCAGUGUAUUGCUGCCUGCUCCUCCUAACUGAAGAGCGCCUUUUCUUCUCAAAGUGUCACACAGUCUAUGGCAUUGAAUCUCUGGUGAGGAGUCUCCAAGAUGUCUUGCAGCUGAACAAUGUGGAGUUGCACAAACAAGGGCUCCUGCUCUUCACUGAAAUACUGAAACGGCAACCAGUGGAAAUCAAAUUAUUCACAAACCGAGGUGUGUGUAUAGAAGCCAUUGAUGUUUUGAUAGAGACAGUGAACUGCCCAGUGCUGGAGGUGGUAGUGGAGGCUGUGAGAGCUGUGGCAGCUUUCCUGAGGAAGGACCAUCUGAGCUCCCCUCCAGUCCCAUAUGAAGAGCUGCAGAAGCUGCUGGAGGCAGUGCUGAAGCGAUGUGCUGACCUUUCCCCACCACAAAGUAGCAAGAGGCAUGCAGGUGAUCUCCUAUUCUCAGUGUCUCAGAGUCACCCAGCAAACAGAACUCUCAGCAGAGUUCCUCAGAGACAGGGCCAGUUCUUGCUCAACACCCUGGAAAGUUUCAGAAAUGCUUGCAGGUUAGCAGUGGAAUUCCAGAGUGACUCCAUGGCCCAGGAGAACGCUUUCACUGCCCCCAACUCUGAGAGCAAGGACACACUGAGCAACUUCUCUGAGUUCCUCUUGAGGAUUUGUGACAGUCUCUGCAUCCCCAUGGUCAUGAACUACCUGGAAAGGGCUGUCAGCCCAUCAGUGAUGGAGGUUUUCAUCUCAACACUUAAUACCCUCUUUACAGUGGUGCCAAACAUGCGGAAUAAGUUCUCCAAAAAGCUGGCAUCCUGCUCCUUCAUCCGGCUGACACUGGAGCUGAAGGCCAGAUUUUGCUCUGUACAAAGUAAUCCUGCCUUGAAUCAGGCCUGUUCCAGCUUCCUCUGCAGCUUGUGCCUGAGCCUUUACUCUGCCACAGAGAAGGAGAGAACUUCUUCUCAGGAGGAGCAAGAGAUGUCUGAGCUCCUGCAGAAGGGUCUGCCUCAAUUAAACUAUACCGUUGCUGAAAGCCUUCUCCUCCUGGCUGAAACCCCUGAGCCUUUCUCUUUGGAUCAGUCUCUUUGCAGCCACCAGCAUUGCUUCAUACUACUCUUACACUUUGCCUACACCCUUGGGGACAGGUUUGUCCCAGAAGCAGACUUAUUUUUAGCCAUAAGAAAUUUCCUCCUAUCAGCACAAGACCAUGGAGUCUGUCCCCCUCCAUACAUACUCAGAGCUGCACUUUACCUCCUUGCUGUCUGUCAGGACAAAGGCAAAGUCCUGGACUUGAGGUCAUUGUGUACCCUAAGGAGGAUCCUGGAUAAUCUUCCAGAUCUGAGCUUGGUCUACGUCCAUUGUCCUCUCCUGCUGAAAUUCUUCCUGCGCUACCCUGAACUUAUGGGGAGAUUUGGACAUCAGGUCCUCCAACUCUGGUUUUCCUGGGGAGACUGCAAGCAAACUGAAACUGAAGAAGCCGGUUUUGGCAUGUCUGAUCAGCUGAACAGUGCUAACCCAUUACUUCCCAUUCUGAAGAGCAAUUCCAGCAUUUUACUUAUUUUACUGGACCUGGUCUGCUCAAGCUCCGUGGAGGUGGCUUGGAAGGUGUUGAUGACUCUAAGGACCUUCCUGGAAAGAAAUGAGGAUGUCCUUGUCUGUGACCUCCUCCGGAGUCAGUUCCUACAGAUUCUGCAGCAGCUGCUGGUAGAGAGCAGCUCAGCCUCCUUACAAGCUAACAGGAACCUGCCUGUUUUGCUGAGCCUCCUUUUCCUGGUGCAGCUGCGGAGCAAGGGUGUGAGGGAGCUGGAUAGCACAGACUUCAAGCUGCUUCACCAGGUCAGUAAUCUCUGUGGGAAAUGCAGGCCGAGGGACGCUGACCUCCUGCAGCCAUCCUUGAAUUUUCUGUAUUGGAGCCUUCAUCAGACAACACCUUGUAGUCAACAGAGAGCAGUGGCUGUGCUGCUCUCCAAUGUGUCCUUACUAGAGCUCCUGCAGAAGGUUUUGGAGUGCACCUGGCUGCGGUCUCCUCCCUCUGAACCUGCUUACCUAUCAUCUGAGGAUGCCUUGCUGUGCUCUGGAUGGCUGUUGGCUGCGUCCCUCUUACUUUAUCAGCAUCGCUACAAUACUGAGGUUCACCAGACACUCUCUCUAGACCUUGCAGAAGUCCUGAAUGCAGUCAUCUUCAGGAAGAAGAAGCCAAUCCUGCUGUUAGUGAGCAUCAUGCAGUUCCUGAGAGCUGUCCUGCGACAGAACUUCUCCUCCCCUCUGCUGGUGAUCGUUGGCCAAAACACAGCCCAAGGUGCUACACAACCACAGCCGUCAUCACUGCAGGAUGCUGCCUUGCACCCCCUUGCCAUGCGGCAGGUCUUCUCACUUGUUGUCAGUCUGCAGAACCUUUUGGUGCAUGUCCAGUUGCAGAAAGACUUGCUGCUCUCUCAAGCCGUAGUUGCCUGCCUGGAAACCUUAGUGGAAUACCUGUAUAUGAAGAACCAGGACGUUGCUCUACAUGUUGCUUCACAGCCCUGGCACCGAUUCCUGCUCUUCACGCUACUCAAUGGGGGCCAGAAGUCCUUUCUGCAGCCAGAAGUUCUCAGGCUGAUGACUUUGUUUCUGAAAUAUCAGAGCAGCAAUAUUAUUUCUCAAAAAGAAAUCAGCCAGAUUCUCCAGGAGGCAGCAGAAGCCAACUUAGCAGAGCUGCCUGAGGCCACGUCUCGUGCUCUUCACCUCUUCCUUUGCCAGAUUCAGAGCAGUCAUUGCCAGGUGGAGCCAGUGCAGUCAGGGACCAUUCAGACCUUGCUGGAGCGCCUCCUGGGACAGAGGAGCACCCGUGUGAAACAUCAGGACAUUGUAUGUCUGGGAAGUGUGGCAGUGUCCCUCUCACACAUUGGAGACUGAAAAGAGACAAUACGGUGCAACGCAGCAGAGGAACAAGGCAAGACUGGAACAGGAGACCCCAUCCUGCCUUUUAUUCCCAGUGAGUAGUGGAGAGAAGAUGGACGAAGGAAGUCAUUUGUAGCUCAUUUUCAGAAAAAGGUGUGUUGAAAAUAAUUUA